GAUAUGUUCUAUCUUUUAAUUUAUGCUUUUUCUUAUCUUAUAUUGAUUGAAUGCCCAAUAGUAGUAUGCAGUAACUUAUUCAAAUCUGGUAGUCUUGUUAUUGGAGGAAGUCAUAUGGUAUUAACAAUGAUAUAAUUUUCUUUAUCAGAAUAUUUGACAACUGAAUAGUUUUGAAAUGCAUUUGCUCUAGUUUCAUGUAUGCCAGGUCCAAUGUUCAAUAUUGCAAUCUAUAUUGGAGCCUUAAUAGGUGGUAUUCCUAUGACAAUUUUAGCAGAAAUAUUUAUGUUUCUACCAGGUUUCUUUACUAUAUUUGGAUUGUUACUAUAUUGGAAGAAAUAUAGAGGUUUGAGAACAAUAAGAGCAAUUUUGUAAGGAAUAGCAGCAGUUGCAGAAGGAUUUAUAUUAAGAGCAAUAACACAUUUGAUUAUUAACUCAUGUAGUAAAGAUAUCAUCGUUCCAAUGGGAUUAGCUGUUUAUGUCUUUACAAAGGUGUUCUAAUACCUUUUGUAAUAAUCGGAGGUGGUUGUAUUAAUUUAUUGGCAGAAUAUAAAUGA